UUUUUAACUUAUCGUCGACCCAGGUGCACAAACAAACCCCGCGUUGGAAAAUGGCAGAGAAGCUGGGUUCUCUGAGCGAAGAGCCCGAAGCGCAGGAGCCCGCUGGAGGGCAGGACAAGUCUUCAAAGAAGACGGGAGAUUUGCUGGCAAUCGUGAAGAAACUUCAAAAAGAGGGAAGCCUGGAGCCGCAGAUUGGGGAUCUGAUUAACCGGAUCAAUGAGCUUCAGCAAGCAAAGAAAGCCAACGAGGAACUAGGAGAGACCCAAGCUCGCCGGGAGGUCUUGUGUAAGGAACUAGACUCCUUGAAUGGAGAGAAGGUGCACAUCGAGGAGGUCUUGAGCAAAAAGCAAGAGGCGGUGAUGAUCCUGCGACAGCACUGCCAGGAGAGGGACAGUGAGGCACCGAGGUUGGAUGUGGAAGAGCAGCUGGAGGAUCUGAUGGACCAGCACAAGGACCUCUGGGAGUUCCAUAUGCUGGAGCAGCGACUGGCCCAGGAGAUUGGCAUUCUAGAGCGCAGCAAGGAGCAGCUGCUGGCAGAGAGGACCAUGCUCCGCGCCAGGCUGCAGGAGGUGGAGCAACGGCUGCUCUCAGCCCGAGAAGUUCAGGGCGCCCCUGCAGAGAAGCUUGGGCUGAAGGCGGAGUUUGAGAAAUUCGAGGGACAAACCGGGAGUGCCAAAGUCCCUGAGGUCCGCAGAGAAGAGGUAGGAGAAGGAGGAGGCAGGCAGAGUCCGGUUCCUGAUGGGAUCGCUGUCAAGGACCUGAAGGGAAACAAUGAUGAACGCUCCCCCGCUCUCAUCCCCGGAGGAGUUCAUAACGUGCCCUGUGAGGUCACAGGGGGCAGACAUUGUGUUAGUGUCACCCCGUGA